CCCAGGUUAAUUUUUUACUUUCGUCAAGUUUGUUUACUACAUAUUAAUUAUUUAAAUUUAAUGUGAUUUACUCAUUGAUUCUUUGAAUAACCAUAUGAUAUGACUAACAAAUUAAAUGGAUUCGAUGCCGACGACCAUAGAUUUAGGAUUCGUGGCUAUCAGCAAAUUUGUUCGAGCGUGACAGGCGCAUUGAUAACGUCUCUGUUUAUGACACCGUUGGAUGUUGUCAAGACACGUCUUCAGGUACAAGAUAAACUUGUUUUAUCAAAUAAAUGUUAUCUGUACUGUAAUGGAUUGAUGGAUCAUUUAUGCCCUUGUACAACAUCCACAAAUAUUCAGAAAUUCAAUGGCACUAUAGAUGCUUUUAUGAAAAUUGGACGAAAUGAAGGAAUUUAUACUUUAUGGAGCGGUUUAACACCAACAUUAAUUCUAGCGUUGCCUACUACAGUUUUAUAUUUUGUAUCUUAUGAACAAUUACGCGUACGCCUUAAAGAUAUUCACAUGACACGAACAAAACAGAAUCCAGACGAAUAUACAAUGCCGUUGUGGAUUCCAUUGAUGGCUGGAAGUACAGCAAGGAUAUUUGCUGUGACUGUUGUAAAUCCAUUGGAACUAAUUCGCACAAAGAUGCAGUCUGAAAAAAUGAGUUAUAGUGAAGUAGGAGCUGCGUUUAGUAAGAUGUUAAAACAACAUGGAGUUCGUGGACUUUUCAAAGGUCUCGUACCAACAAUAAUGCGUGAUACUCCAUUUUCAGCAAUUUAUUGGACAUGUUAUGAAUCUUUCAAGAAAUUCCACAAUACUACACAUCCUGAUCUAGUACAAUCAUUUAUUGGCGGUGCGUUGGCAGGAACAAUGGCUGCAAUUAUCACAUGUCCAUUUGAUGUCAUCAAAACACAUCAACAGAUUGAGUUUGGUGAGAAAUUUCUAUAUACAUCAAAUGGAAUAGCUGGGAAAAGGAAUCAAAUGUCAACGACAAAACAACAAAUUAGAAAUAUCUAUAAUACAUCAGGAUUUCGUGGAUUUUUCGCAGGAAUCAUACCUCGAUUAGCUAAAGUAGCUCCUGCAUGUGCCAUUAUGAUAUCAACUUAUGAAUACGGAAAAACUUUCUUCCAUGCUUACAACGUAAAACGAUUUUACGAAAAUCAUCAAGAUCUAAAUGUAAUUAGUUGAUACUUGAAAGUGUACUAUGUCAUGCAUGCAAAAAUAAUUUGCUGUCUACAAAAAUAUUAUCUUUAGGUUCAAUAAAAUAUUAAUAAAAAAACGUGGUAAAAAAAAUAUGUGAAA